GUCCCCGUUGCGUGCCCGCCACCCCUCACCGCCAUCUUCCUUCUCUCUGCUAUAUAUAUGUCGCAACCAUCGGCAGCAGCAUUUCAUCUUCAGACAUUCCAAUAUUCGCGAGAGCUGUCGCCGUUUGUGUCUCGUAUUUGCCGGAAAAAUGGAAGCGACGAUGGUACAGAUUGAUAGGACGUCGUCGAUUGAGAGAGAGCCGAGGACUCUGAGCAUGCAGCAAAUGCAGUCUGCUAGGGCUUUAGCCAUUUGCAUCUUGAACACCAAGACCUUCGAAGAAGCUUCCAGGAUCUUCACCAAGGGGUUGGAGCCAGUAGUUAGCGCGGCGUGUGAUAUGAAGAUGAUGAACAUGGAUGCGGCAGAAGAAGCAGAGAUGUUAGAAGACGCAGAAGCAUUCAAGGACAUAGCAUCCGCUCCUUUCUAGAUGAAGUUUUGGGCUGAGUAGGGCGGUUUCCAGAUUGCUUCUGGCAAAAUGCGGGGAACCACCGUUAAUCAAGUCGGCUCCGUUUUGUGAGAGCUGGCCGGCUCUGUUAAAUUUGAAUGACUACUACUUUUGUGACAAAAGUGCAAAAUUCUUGACAUCA